AUGGAUUUGGGUGCCCCCACUAUCUUGACUAGUGUGUUAGCCCUUUGUGCUACUGCUAUCUUGAUUGUUGCUACCUCAACCGUCACUACACCAACUGUUACUUUGGUCGCUGCUACCUCGACUAUUGCUACCUCAGCCAUCACUAUGUCAACUAUUGCUACCUAUCUAAAUAACCAAGACACUUUGGUAAUAGCGCUCCCUCAAAAAUCAAGACACCUAGGCCACCACGACCCUCAAAAAUUGAACGUCCCUUCAACUUUAUUCUCGUGGUGCCACUCUUGUCUCUUGGAUGAUGAUUUGUUUAUCAUUCCUACGAUAGUUUUCUCACAAGCCACUCUUGUCUUUUUGGAGAAGAAUCCAUUUACCAUUUUGUGGAACUAUGCUCACAGUUCCAUUCUUGCCCUUUUAGACAAGGAUCCAUUUACCAUUUCUAUGGCACUAUGCUCACAGUGCCACUCUCGUCUCUUGAGUGAGGAUCCAUUUAUCAUUUUUGCGGCAGUAUUCUUGUGGUGCCACUCACGUCUCUUGGACAAGGAUCCUUUUACCAUUCCUACUACACUAUGCUCAUGGUGCCACCCUUGUCACUUUGACGGGGAUCUGUUUACCAUUCCUGCAACAAUAUGCCUGCUUGUCACUUUUUCUUGUAUGUAG